AUGCCAGUCGAAGAUCAAGGAUCCCAAGUCGUUUUAACCCAUCCAUCAGACCCAUCAACCCAAGUUAAAAUCCUAAAUUUUGGUGCUACAGUGCUAUCAUGGACCAUUAAAGGUGAAGAACAAUUAUGGUUAUCGGAAGGUGCAAAAUUAGAUGGUUCCAAAGCUGUUCGUGGUGGUAUCCCAUUAGUUUUCCCAGUUUUUGGUAAAAAGGAUGAAGGUCCAACUUCUAAUUUACCACAACAUGGAUUUGCACGUAAUUCUACUUGGGAAUUUUUGGGUCAAGUUAAAGAGAAUCCACCAACUAUUCAAUUUGGUUUAGGUCCUGAAAAUGUUGAUGAAGAAUUGAUUGCUAAAUGGCCAAAUAAUAACUUUACCUUGAUCUAUACAAUUGAAUUAACUGAAGAAUCAUUGAAGACUACAAUUGAUGUUGAAAAUGCUGAUAAUCAUCCAUGGGAAUUUAACUGGUUGUUCCAUACAUAUUUGAGAGUUAAAGAUGUUACAGAUGUUUUGGUUUCAAAUUUCCCUGGUGAGAUUUGUUAUGAUCAAUUGUUAAAACAAACAUAUGAAGAAAAGUUGCCAGUUGUUCAUUUUAUGGAGGAAGUUGAUAGAAUUUACCAAAAAAUUGAUGAUGAAAAAAUCACACAAGUUGUUGCCUUGGGACAUCCUGUUCAUACAUUGAAAAGAGAAGGACUACCUGAUAUUGUCGUUUGGAAUCCAUGGAUCAAGAAAUCUGAAGGUAUGGCUGAUUUCUUACCAAAAGAUGGUUAUCAUAACAUGGUUUGUAUUGAACCUGGUUAUGUUCAUGAAUUCAAAACUUUACAACCAGGUGAGAAAUGGACUGGAUCUCAAUUACUAUAUAAAGAUCAAUUGAAAUAUCAAUCUGUUUAG